AUGGCAACAGCUGUCCUCGACAAUUACGUCCAGAAUGUCAUCCAUAAUCAUGUUGUAAAGAAGAAACCCCAGUAUCUGGGUGCUCUUCAGAACAAUGUUGCUCUCGAUCCGAAGCAAUUGAUCGGCGAGGCCUUCCGCCAACGCGUGGGCGCCGUCAACCAUGAGCUCUGCGACCCCGGCGAGGAAGACACCUUCUUUGUCGCAGACCUUGGUGAGGUUUACCGCCAGCAUCUCCGCUGGAAGAAGAACCUCCCCCGCAUCAAGCCAUUCUAUGCCGUCAAGUGUAACCCUGACCCCAAGGUGCUCCAGCUCCUUGCGGCCCUCGGCACUGGCUUUGAUUGCGCCUCCAAGGGAGAGAUUGAACAGGUCCUUGGCCUCGGUGCCAGCCCCGACCACAUCAUCUAUGCCCAACCCUGCAAGACCAACUCCUAUGUCCGCUAUGUCAAGUCUGUUGGUGUCAAGCAGAUGACCUUUGACAAUGCGGAUGAGCUCCACAAGAUCGCCAAGCUGUUCCCUGGCGCCGAACUCUUCCUCCGUAUCAUGACGGACGAUACGUCGAGCAUGUGCCGCCUCAGCAUGAAGUUUGGUGCUCCCAUGGACACCACCGAGGGCCUCCUCGCCCUGGCCAAGGAGCUUGGACUCAACGUGGUCGGCGUGAGCUUCCAUGUGGGAUCUGGCGCCUCUGACCCUGCUGCCUUCCGCAAGGCCGUCGUCGACGCCCACACCGUCUUCCAGCAGGCCCGUGCCUACGACUUCCACAUGAGGGUCCUCGACGUCGGCGGAGGCUUCUCUGGAGAGACCUUUGAGAUCAUGGCUGCGGUCCUUGACAAUGCCCUGACCGAGUACUUCCCCGCUGGAUGCGGCGUUGACAUCAUUGCCGAGCCUGGCCGCUUCUACGUUGCUACAGCCUUCACCAUUGCUUGCAACAUCAUCGCUCGUCGCACCGUCGAUGACCCCGCGACCCAAGCCACCAGCUACAUGGCUUACAUCAACGACGGUGUCUAUGGCAACUUCUCGAGCAUCAUGUUCGACCAUCAGCACCCCGUUGCCAAGAUCCUCCACUCCAAUGGCCAGACCUUCUACAACUCCUACGCUGCCGAACAGUGCUCGGUCGGCGACGGUAUUGAGUAUUCGAUCUGGGGUCCCACUUGUGAUGGCAUCGAUCUCAUCAGCCAGAGCGCCUUCUUCCCGUGCACCCUCAAUGUUGGUGACUGGCUCUACUUUGAGGACAUGGGUGCCUACACCAAGUGCUCUGCCACUCAGUUCAACGGAUUUCCCAACUCGCACGACACCAUCUACGUUUGCAGCGAGCCUGGUGCAAAGGCCCUCAUGGGCCUCUAA